GACACUACAACACCAGAAGAAUUGGGCUUCUUUUGGGCUACACGUUCUCCAAUGAGGCCCAUAAAGUGGUAAGCAAAGGGAGCGGCUUCCCAGCCACACACGCUUCUUCCUCGACCUUCAUCAGGAGGUAUACACCAGAACAAGUGUGUUUUCUUUUGACCGAAAAAGUGUCUGUCCAUGGCUUCUUCCCUGCUUCUCUGUCCCCUUUCUUGCGCGACUAUUCCUGAUAAUUGCGAUCGGGGCUCAGCUUUCCUUUCCAGUCCCAAGUUCUUCUCUGCAACUUUUGAUCACAAUCGCAGAACAAACGGCGUUCGAGGGUAUUGCUACAGGUCUCCAGUAGCUAAGUCUGCGGACCAUAUACCCAAACAGUUCAGACAAGAAAAUCUCAAAGAUGGACUACUGAACAACUAUAAGAAUGCCCCUCAGUAUCUUUAUGGCCUUAGUCCGUCACAGAUGGAUAUGUUCAUGACAGAAGAUAACCCGGCCCAGCGGCAGUCAGAAAGAAUCACUGAAGAGAGUAUAUCUUCAUCCAAUAACUAUCUGAACAAUGGUGGAAUGUGGAGUAUGUCAGGCAUGAAAGGACGACACCCUUCAACAUGCAGCAUGAGCGUCAGCAUGUACCGUGGAGGAGCAAGAGGAUCUGAAAGACCCGAUACUGCGCCUCCUGAUUUGCCAUCUUUGCUUUUAGAUGCUAGAAUUGUCUAUCUGGGCAUGCCUAUUGUAGAAGCUGUUACUGAGCUUCUUGUUGCUCAGUUUAUGUGGUUGGAUUAUGACAAUCCCACAAAGCCUGUAUACCUAUAUAUAAACUCAUUUGGUACCCAGAAUGAGAAUAUGGAGACUGCUGGUUCUGAAACAGAAGCAUAUGCCAUUGCUGACGCUAUGAGAUACUGCAAAUCAGAUAUCUAUACAGUGAACUGUGGCAUGGCAUUUGGUCAAGCAGCAAUGCUUCUGUCACUAGGAAAAAAGGGGUUCCGUGCUAUGCAGCCAAAUUCAUCCACCAAAUUGUAUUUACCUAAGGUUAGCAAAUCCAGUGGAGCAGCAAUAGAUAUGUGGAUAAAGGCCAAAGAACUGGAGUCAAACUCGGAUUAUUACCUUGAACUAUUAUCACAAGGAACUGGAAAACCGAAGGAAGAAAUUGAGAAAGAUAUCCAACGCCCCAAAUAUUUCCGUGCACAAGAGGCCAUUGACUAUGGUAUUGCAGAUAAGAUUAUCGAUUCAAGAGACGAUGCAUUUGAGAAACGGAACUAUGAAGAGAUACUCGCCCAAUCCAGAGCUAUGAAGAGACCAGGCGGACCAGGUGCUCAAGCUGCUCCCUCCGGGUUCCGGUGACUCAAAGAGUGAUAAUGGUCCCGAACCUUAAGGAACAACUGAUGUUCCUGUCUAGUUGAGGAACAAAGUGGCUGGUUACACACUGUCAACUGUAGAAUAUAACUGGGAGAAAGCACGUCUCGUAGAGAUAUGGAUAUAUAACUAUUAUGCAAGGAUUUGCGAAAAUAUUCACAAUGUCAAUUGUGUGUAACAAUAUAGAAUCAGCUACUGACGGUUGAUGGUCAAAAAAUGAAUAUAAAGCUCUCAUGUCAUUUGUCUUUUA